AUGACCUACGAUGACUGGAAUACCUGCCUUGCCACAAAGGUUCAGGGAACUUGGAAUCUUCACCACGCGGCCUCUGGCCAGCCGCUCGAUUUCUUCGUCGUUUUCAGUUCGAUCGCCGGCAUCUGUGGCAACCACGGCCAGGCAAACUACGCCGCCGCCAAUACAUUACUCGACAGCUUUACGCGCUACCGCCGUCGCCUGGGUCUCCCAUCGGCUACCCUUGCCCUUGGAGCAGUAGAAGACUGUGGUAUCGUCAGCCGUGAUGCAAAACUGCUGCAAGCAAUGCAAGCAGCUUCCGUACGACUUGUCAGAGAGGACGAGCUCCUGGAAGGUCUAGAGCUGGCAAUCCGCCAGUGCAAUUCUCCACCAAUCUCUGUCAAUCAAGGUAUAACAUCAGACGCUUGUAUCAUCGGCCUCGGAAAUACCCGUCCAACCAGCGAUCCUACAGUCCGGACAGCGUGGGUGCCUUCCGACUCACGAUUCUCCGUCUACGCCAACAUCGAGAUGAAGGAAGGACAGAGCGCAACAGCCGGCGGUGCAGCAAUCAAAGAGCUCCUGCGGAGGGUCGACCAGAACCUGGCCAUGCUGAUUGAGCCCGAGCACCUGGCACGACAUAUGCCGCGAGCCGCUGAGAUGUCCGCGGAGGAGAUUGUAGAGAUGCCUAUUGACUCGCUUAUGGCGGUGGAGAUUCAGCGCGGGUUGCGAGGCGAUCUCAAUUGGGAUAUUCGUAUGGUGGAGAUUGCGAAGAUUGGGAAGGUUGGAAGGUUUGCGGAAGCCGCUGUUCAGCAUCUGAAGGAGAAGUAUGGACUUGUGAAGGAAGGGAAGUAG